AUGGCGGGUAGGAUAUCGCCUGCCACGAAUCUUCUGCGCAAGUCUCGCCUGUUUGCGCUCCCUUCCUCUCUCGCUCCUCCACCUCCAGCGCCGACAUCCAUUUUUUGCAGCGAGUCGGACUCGGCGACACUCCCCUAUCCAACGAAGGCUACGAUCGAGACACCUCUGUCUUCUCUGGUGAGAGGCGAUUGGGGUUUGAAGCGGCCCCUACCAGCCAAAUCUACCACCAACAGCUCUUCCAACCCCCUGGUUCGAAUCAACCGCCUUGAUACCUACGAGCAUAUCACCGACUUCCACCCAGCCAACGAUCAUGCCCUCACCCUUCAAAAGUAUCAGGAGCUAAGUCUUCCGGUAUCCUCGACGGUCCAUAAUAGCCUGACAUUGUCAGGCAGCCGUCACACCAGCGUGUUCGAAAGCUCAAAUGAUAACAUAACAAUAACCGAAGAUCAAAGCUCCGGGAAAAAGUUGAGGUACAGGUUCAAGGGACCAUGGUUAGCUGGUAUGACAGAAGUCGAAUUCCAAAGGUACCUGAAGAAAGUACGAAAGCAGAAGCCGGAGUUCCUACAGAGGCUCCGUGAGGUUAUCACAGAAAACAAGGCUUUGCAAGCAAGGAGACGGUUGAUGGACGAGGGCAAGGUGUUGGAGGACUCUGAUAUCCCGAAAGAAAUGAGCGAUGCCGAAUUCGAAACCGCUCUUUUGGCCCUUCGUGCCGACCCUACAAGCCUUGGCCCCGAAAUCAACAGGUUCCUCGACCUGGCUACUCCGCCCAAGGUUCCCGAUCGACGAAUUCACCUACACAACUGGAUCGGGGGCCCGUCAGACGUAGCGUCACCUCAGUAUGCACGAGAUGGGCCUCCCAGAACCCAUCCUUCUGCGGGAAUAAGUUAUCUGCGCACCAAAUCGCAUAUCGACAACCAUCCCGUUGCAGGUCCCCAGCGAGACCCUCGUCCGGUCCAAGCCCGAGUGUUGCGCGCGAGAGGACGCGGUAGAGGAGGAUCAGCCAAGAGCAUAGUUGGUGUCGCCGGUUUUGUCACAGACGACAUUGGCCCUUCAGCAUCUAGGGAAUUCGACCGCCAGAAUGGAUCGCUCCAGUUUGAUCCAGAUCUGCCCGGUGGCUCGAAAUGGUGGGUUAAGGUGGACAGAGCUAUGGUAGAUGCGAAUGGCAAGGUGAUACUCCGUGUCGACGGCGCAACGUCUUCGGCAAAGGCCCUAUAUGGGGUGAAGGAAGCAACCAAAGCUCUGCCCUCAUUCGUCACCAGCAGGGCGUCUUUCUCCCGCCUCGACGAGAAUUCGUGA